AUGGAAAAGUUGCGUGCUGGAUUGAACACGAUCAAUGGCUUCCUCCUCUCCAAUGGCCAACUUGAGGACGACGCCAUGAGCCCGUUGCUCGAAAACUAUCCAUCCUCCCCGUUGACAAGCUCUCCUUCAGGUUACCGACACUGGGUCAUGGGAACGGAUGGUCCGACUUUUGCAGACUUUUGUCUGGGAGGAAUCCUUGUCUGGGUGCGAACUGUUGGUGGAGAAGGUCUCGAGGGUCCAGAUGGGAAAGGUGGGAAUAACGAUCUCUGGAAAAAUAUCUCUACAUGGAACGGAGGUCGUUGGGCACGAUUUGCCAAGGCACUAGAGGAAUGGGAGACGAUAGUAUAA